AUGAAGUUUGUUGCGAGCCAGUACGUGAGCUCCGAAGAUCCGCUGGAGUACUUGAUAUCGCUUCGCGGUGUCACAUUAAUUCCAGGCGACAUCCUGUAUAUCCCCCCUUGCCAAGUGUUAGUCGAAAAGACGCUUCGUGGCAGUGCCGUGGGGAUACGGGCCGCACCGUCCUUCUUCCACCAGCGCUGCUACGACCUCUGCAAACUAUAUCUGACAGUGCACUCUGGGGACUUCCACGCGAAGGUCAUGGCUGAGGAGUUCCGCAAGUUGACUUUUCCAGAUGGCCCGACACUGGCAGAGGCCAUCGGCGUGUCACAGCCGAAGCUCAAAGAGAGUUUGCCAAGCAAAGCCGUUGCCCAGCCGGACGGCACCAUGGUGGCUUGUCCCAAGAAGCUGCAGACGGAUGAGCCCAUGGAGGACAUCCUCAACAGCUACGUGGAUAUGUGCGAGGAGGAGCGUCAUGCGUUGGUCGAGCUCAUGGACGAAGCCGAGUUGACAUUGCACAUCAACAUGGCGAAGGUCCAUCCCGAGUGCAAGAACUACGAGAAGUACGUCGCGGUCGACCUCCUUGGCAAGCCCUGGGACGAAGACGGGGGCAACAAUCGGAGAAUCGGAGGCGAAGGGAGACGUGUGCACGAAGACGUUUUUGGAUGGUACGAGUUCCUGCAGAAGAAGAACAUUAGGUUUCCUGCGGACUUCACCCGCAGCCUUGACGCAUCCUCGUUGCGGCAAUCGAAGGCAGACUAUCUGAACAGCUUUGUGCACAUGAGUGAGGAGAAGCGACUUGAGUUGCUCCAGGCGAUGGAUGAAUCUGAGUUGGUUUCGGUGCAUAUCAACGCGGCAAAGGCCCAUCCCGAAUGCAAGAGCUAUGAGACCUAUGUCAAAGAGGUUUACGGCGCAGAGGAUGAUUACAUGUUUGGAACACCGGAUGGGGACAUGCUACAAGACGCUCUUGGAUGGUAUCAGUUCCUUCAGGAGAAGAAGCUCGCGUUUCCCGCAGACUUCGAGGACACUGCAGUCCCUUCAACUUCCACACUUCGGCAGGCGGGGGUCUUUGUAGGGGGGCGGGGGGGCUACUUGGAUGAAUACCGAAUAGGGGAUAAUAGGGGCAAGAGCUUUCGCUUCAGACCUGCUCUGUGGUGGGUGGGGAGACAUGAUUUUUUCGAUUCUCAAAGCAUUUACCCGAUAACCCAAUACCAUAGUGAUCCCGAGCUGGUCAUACUCGCAUGCCGCGAGGCUGGAGAAGUGCCGCCAGAGCACAAGUCUGCCGAGGUGUCGAGUCGCAUCACUGUGAUCUUGACCGCUAGUCAUGUCGCGCAGGUCGUCGAAGCAGAACCAGCCGCAGCUGUGCAUGCGGACGUUGUGGACCCGAUUGUGGAGGUGCCGCAAGUGAGCAACCUUACUCAACUAGCCACCACCAAAGUCCCCGCCACACUGCAGGCUGUUGUGGAAGAGCCGGGAGUGCCGGUGCUGGUGCCGGCUGAGCCAGACAAGGACGAUGUCUUUGAACGGCUGUUGUUCCUUACUGCAGUCGCCGGCCAACGUUGCGCAGGUCGAGCCGCAUGA